GAUGCACACAAGUGUCAGUUUUGACAGUUGGUUUCUUGUCAUCAAGGCAGAAAAUUUGGAAUCAAAACAUUAGAAUCGAAUAGAAUUGUGUGUGCAAAUCCACUGUUUGUCCCUUUCGUUUGGUUUUUUAUAUUUUCUGCUAUUCCACUUGCAAUGGAUGUGUUGAAUAAGUUUGUGAAUACGGUGAGUAGCACCGUAUCGCAAUUGUCUAGUGUUUUACCCGGAAAUCCUGUGUCAAAAGACUUCGAAAUUGGUGAACAUAUUGCAAGUGCUGGACCAGGUUUAUGUUGGAAAGUGUACAAAGGAACAAAACGUUCAACGAAACAAUCUGUCUCGGUGUUUGUGUUUGACAAAAAUCAGCUGAAGUACAUAAAAGAGGACCGAGAUGCCAUUUUAGAGGUGUUGAAGCGUGGUGUGAUUCAGCUCACAAAAAUUCGACAUCCGCGAGUGUUAACCGUGCAACAUCCUCUUGAAGAGAGUCGAGACAGUCUUGCAUUUGUUACUGAAUCCGUUCUAGCUAGUCUUGCAAAUUAUUUAGGCAACUACUCCAAUAUGCCUUCACCAAACGAAUCCACACAAUUUCCAUCAUUACAUGAAAUCGAAAUAAAAUACGGAUUGAUGCAACUGAUGGAAGGUCUGCAGUUCCUACACACCGACGUUAAAAUGAUUCAUCGCAAUAUUUGUCCCGAAUCCGUUGUGAUCAACAACGAAAAUUGUUGGAAAAUUUUCGGUUUUGAUUAUUGUUGUCUGUUAACGGUCGAUCAAGACACAGGAAAAGUUGGCGGCACCGAACAAUCAGCAUAUAUUCAAGUGAAUAGAGUUAGUUUACUUCAGCCGAUUUUGGAUUAUUCAGCGCCCGAAUGGAUCAUUGAUUCACAACAAUUUUGUUCAAGCGAUGUGUACUCUCUUGGUGUUUUGAUCUACAGCAUUCAUUCGGCUAACAAAAAACCUUUUAAAUUAUUCGGAACCAAUUUGGAAACAUACAAGGCAUUUGCAAUGGAUCUAAAGUUUGGAAAGUAUCCGCAAUUGACGUGCAUCCCUUCAGGUAUUGUGGACAAUGUACGAUUGAUGCUGCAUUAUAAUCCAGACACACGGCCGAAUUUGUACGAAUUGCUAAAGAUUUCCUACUUUGACGACUUUGGCGUGAAAACAUUAAGCUAUUUGGAGUCGCUAUACCAAUGGGACAAUUUGCAAAAGUCAAAAUUCUUCAAAGGACUUCCACAAAUUCUCGAAAAAUUCCCCGAGCGCCUAAAUCGUAAACAAAUUCUGCCCUGUUUGAUCAAAGAAUUUGUGAACGCAACAAUGAUUCCAUUUGUGUUGCCAAAUGUUUUGCUAAUCGCUCAAAAUUGUCCAUCGCAAACUGAAUAUUUGGCGGAUAUUCAGCGCCAUUUGCUUCCUAUCAUGAAAAUCGAACAACCCAUUCACAUUCUGCUCAUAUUCAUGCAAAAUAUGGAACUACUGAUCAAAUUGAGUACAUUGCAAGUGAUCAAAAAUGACCUGUUGUCGCUGUGCAAUCGAGCUCUUGAAUGCGAUGUCAAAGAGAUACAAGAGCUCUGUCUGAAUAUUCUUCCAACGAUGGCCACACAUAUCGAUUAUGCCGUGCUGAAAAAUGCCAUCUUCCCUCGUCUUAAGAAAAUGUGCCUUACAACACAAAACUCAUCCGUUAAAGUGAACAGUCUGAUCUGUUUAGGAAAACUGCUAGAAUACUUUGACAAAUGGUUUGCAUUGGAUGAAAUCAUUCCAUUUUUAACGCAGAUUCCGUCACGCGAUCCGGCUGUUAUGAUGGCGAUUAUCGGUAUUUUCAAGCUGAUCAUGAGCCACAAAAAAUUAGGAAUGACAAAAGAAAUUAUGGCCUCAAAGGUGAUUCCAUUUUUGGUGCCACUCAGCAUUGAAAACGGUCUAACAAUGCAACAAUUCAAUGCGAUUAUGGCAAUGGUGAAGGAGAUUAUAUCAACCAUCGAAACCGAACAUCGUGCUCGACUUGAACAAUUGAAUUCAGUGCGACAAGAUACCAAAUCAAUCGAUGGUUCUUCUGCCCCGCAAUCAUUUCCCGAGUUUAAUUUGAAUGACUUCAAAUCAUCUUGUUUGAAUGAUGAUAAAUCGGCGGCGCAGCCAGCGAAAAACGUUAACGAGGUUUUGCUACCAUCUUCGAUGAGCAUGCCAUCGAUUGCAGCCGCAAAACCAACACCACAGAUGAAGAAUUUGACAUCAACUUUGAAAACGAAUUCAAUAACCGCAUCACCGAGUUUUCCAACACAAUUAGCAUCGAAUGUAACCACAAUGGCGAGGUCAUCAAACAUUCCAGCGGCGCAAUCAUCAUUAAAUUUAUCAAAUAGCAAUUUUCUUAGUGGCUUGGGUCAGAUAUCAAAUGCGCCAAAAAGUGUACCGAUGAACCAAAUGAUGGCAUCCACACCAUUCAUAUCAUCGGGUCCGUUCCAGAAUAGUGCCAAUAGUCUAUCAACGCUCAGUCCCAUGAUACCGAAUCAGUCGAAUGCCACAAAAAAGAAUGGACAAGACAAUACGGUUGCACUAUCAGCACAGGAAAUCAACGAUUUUCUUAGUUAGAUUUUCAUUUCCAUCUCGACUGGCAUUUAAUGCAACUAAGUUAAAAGAAAAUAUAUGAUUUUUGUUUUAUUCAUUUUUUGGCGGCUUUUAAUUGAAUGCUUAUCUAAAUUCAUUCCGUAUCUUCAUUUGGAUUUUAAGUGAUAUUUUGUGCAUAGUCUAUUCAACACUCAAAAUAAAACUAAAUAAGUUUUACAUGGAAA